GGGACAUCGGGACUGCGGCGGCGCGGACAGCAGCGCAGCGGCGGGGACCACAGCGGCCCAGGGUCGGUCUGGGGUUCUAGCAGCCGGCCCUUUCUUCCCAGCCGGCUUUGGAGAAGAUGCCAGAACAGAGCAAUGACUACCGCGUGGUCGUGUUCGGCGCAGGCGGCGUGGGCAAGAGCUCGCUGGUGCUCCGCUUCGUGAAGGGGACGUUUCGUGACACCUACAUCCCCACCAUAGAGGACACGUACCGGCAGGUGAUCAGCUGUGACAAGAGCGUGUGCACGCUGCAGAUCACGGACACAACCGGCAGCCACCAGUUCCCGGCCAUGCAGCGGCUGUCCAUCUCCAAGGGCCACGCCUUUAUCCUGGUGUUCUCGGUGACCAGCAAGCAGUCGCUGGACGAGCUGAGCCCCAUCUACAAGCUGAUCGUGCAGAUCAAGGGCAGCGUGGAGGACAUCCCCAUCAUGCUGGUGGGGAACAAAUGUGAUGAGACGCAGCGGGAGGUGCACACCCGCGAGGCGCAGGCCGUGGCGCAGGAGUGGAAGUGUGCCUUCAUGGAGACCUCGGCCAAGAUGAACUACAACGUGAAGGAGCUCUUCCAGGAGCUGCUGACGCUGGAGACGCGCCGCAGCGUCAGCCUCAGCGUGGACGGCAAGCGCGGCGGCAAGCAGAAGAGGGCCGACCGCAUCAAGGGCAAGUGCGCGCUCAUGUGAGCCCGCCAGAGCC